AUGUAUGAACGGCACAAGAGGCGCUACAGCCUGUGUGACAUCUCCAAGGUGGACAGGACUGUGGAUGUGGUGUUGCUGAAGAUAAAUCAAGAAAACUGGUGUACAAUAGAACCAUGCCCUGAAGCUUCAUCUCUUUUGGCUCCCAAAGAAAGCCCAGAAUGUGCAGACUUCCUAGACGUUCGACUGAACAGAGGGUGUGCAUCAUCACAAAGUGGCCUCAAGAGAGAAUCCGGGAGUGAUUCCGACCUCUUUCACUCACCCUGUGAGGAAAUGGACAGUAUCAUCUUCUCAAAGCCCGAGGAAGAGCAGUUGGUCUGUGACAUCACUGGGUCCAGUUCUUCCACCGAUGACACAGCCUCCUUGGACCGACAUUCUUCUCAUGGCAGUGAUGUGUCCCUCUCCCAGAUUGCAACUUUGAGCAAGUCCAAGGUUCCCCAGGGCCUUGAUGGUUUCUGCAAUCAUGGGACAAGAGCUGGGAAGCAAGAGAAUGAGAAUGAGCCUCUUGGCUCAGGUGACAUGGACGAGGAGGAGAUGGACAGCAUCACCGAGGUGCCUGCACAUUGCUCUGUCCUGAGGAGCUCUAUGCGCUCUCUGUCCCCUUUCCGGAGGCACAGCUGGGGUCCCGGGAAGAAUGCAGCCAGCGAUGCAGAAAUGAACCACCGGAGUUUCAGUCUGGAAGGCUUGACAGGAGGAGCAAGCACCAGAAGCAGUCCAUCUUCAUCUCUUGCAAACGGCAAAGAGCUCAGAGCUCCAUUCGGUGGUGAGGAGCGUGGUGACUCUUUAGUGUCGCUCUCAGAAGAGGACCUGGAGUCAGGCCAGCGAGAACAUAGGAUGUUUAGUCAGCAGAUAAGUCACAGAUCUAAACAGCAAGGAUUCAAUUACUGUACGUCAGCAAUUUCUUCGCCGUUGACAAAAUCCAUCUCACUAAUGACGAUCACCCAUUCUGGACUAGAAAACACACGACUCUUCCACAAUACCAGUGCUAAUCUGACUGAAAGUAUAACCGAAGAAAACUACCCACCAAGUCUUCCCAAGAAAGAUUUUGAAAAGAAGAGUGGAACAACAGUCAGUCGUACAUUCAGCUACAUCAAGAACAAAAUGUCUAGCAGUAAGAAGAGCAAGGAAAAGGAAAAAGAGAAAGAUAAAUUCAAGGAAAAGGAGAAAGAUUCUAAAGAGAAGGAAAAGGACAGGAAGUCGCUCAAUGGCCACACCUUCAGUGCCAUCCCCGUCGUGGGUCCCGUCGUGUGCAGCCAGUGCAUGAAGCCUUUCACCAACAAAGAUGCCUUCACGUGUGCAAAUUGUGGUGCUUUUGUCCACAAAGGUUGCAGAGAAAGUCUGGCCUCCUGUGCGAAGGUCAAAAUGAAGCCCAAAGGGAGCCUGCAGGCACAUGACACAUCAUCACUGCCCACGGUCAUUCUGAGAAACAAGUCGUCACAGCCCAAGGAGCGCCCCCGGUCCGCAGUCCUCCUGGCUGAUGACACCUCCGCCGCCCCAAUGUUCACAAACAGGCGGUCCCAGCAGAGCGUCUCACUUUCCAAAAGUGUGUCCAUACAAAACAUUGCUGGAGUUGGCAAUGAUGAGAGCAUGUCAAACACCUGGAAAUUCUUGUCACAUUCAACAGAUUCACUGAACAAAAUCAGCAAAGUCAAUGAGUCGACAGAGUCACUAACCGAUGAAGGAGUAGGUACAGAUAUGAAUGAAGGACAGCUAAUGGGAGACUUUGAGAUCGACUCCAAACAGCUUGAAGCAGAGUCCUGGAGCCGGAUAGUGGACAGCAAGUUUCUGAAACAGCAAAAGAAAGACGUGAUCAAACGGCAAGAAGUGAUUUAUGAGCUGAUGCAGACAGAGUUCCAUCACAUCCGCACGCUCAAGAUCAUGAGCGACGUGUACAGCCGGGGCAUGAUGACUGACCUGCUCUUUGAGCAGCAGAUGGUGGAAAAGCUGUUCCCCUGUCUGGAUGAGCUCAUCAGUAUCCACAGCCAGUUCUUCCAGCGGAUCCUGGAGCGGAAGAAGGAGUCUCUGGUGGACAGAAACGAAAAGAACUUUCUCAUCAGGAGAAUGGGCGACGUGCUGGUGAACCAGUUUUCAGGUGAGAAUGCAGAACGCUUAAAGAAGACUUAUGGCAAGUUUUGUGGGCAGCAUAACCAGUCUGUAAACUACUUCAAAGACCUUUACACCAAGGAUAAGCGAUUCCAGGCCUUUGUAAAGAAGAAGAUGAGCAGCUCACUAGUGAGGAGGCUGGGAAUCCCCGAGUGCAUAUUGCUCGUAACGCAGCGCAUCACCAAGUACCCGGUCUUAUUCCAAAGAAUCCUGCAGUGUACCAAAGAUAAUGAAGUGGAGCAGGAAGACUUGGCACAGUCACUGAGUCUGGUGAAGGAUGUGAUUGGAGCCGUAGACAGCAAAGUGGCAAGUUACGAAAAGAAAGUGCGUCUCAAUGAGAUCUAUACAAAGACGGAUAGCAAGUCGAUCAUGAGGAUGAAGAGUGGUCAGAUGUUUGCCAAGGAGGAUUUGAAACGGAAGAAGCUUGUGAGGGACGGGAGUGUAUUUCUGAAGAACUCAGCAGGAAGGUUGAAAGAAGUUCAAGCCGUUCUACUCACGGACAUUUUAGUUUUCCUUCAAGAAAAAGACCAGAAAUAUGUCUUUGCAUCAUUGGACCAGAAGUCAACAGUGAUCUCUCUAAAGAAGCUGAUUGUGAGGGAAGUGGCUCAUGAGGAGAAAGGUUUGUUCCUGAUAAGUAUGGGGAUGAAAGAUCCCGAGAUGGUGGAAGUCCACGCCAGCUCCAAGGAGGAACGGAACAGCUGGAUUCACAUCAUCCAGGACACGAUAAACAUCCUGAACAGAGAUGAAGAUGAAGGAAUCCCUAGUGAGAAUGAGGAAGAAAAGAAAAUGUUGGACACCAAAGCCCGAGAAUUAAAAGAACAGCUGCAGCAAAAGGACCAGCAGAUCCUCCACCUACUGGAAGAGAAGGAAACAAUUUUCCGGGACAUGACAGAAUGCAGCACUCCUCUGCCAGAGGAUUGCUCCCCAACCCACAACCCUCGAGCCCUCUUCCGCUCCAACACAGAGGAGGCUCUCAAAGGAGGACCUCUGAUGAGGAGUGCAAUAAAUGAGGUGGAGAUCCUGCAGGGCUUGGUGAGUGGAAGCCUAGGGGGCAGCCUGAGCCCGGCCGUCAGCAGCCCUAUGGAGCAGGAAGGCACGGUUGGCCCUGUCUCCUUGCCCCGGAGAGCAGAAACCUUCGGUGGAUUUGACAGUCACCAGAUGAAUGCGUCAAAAGGAGGUGAGAAAGAAGAGGGAGAUGAUGGUCAAGACCUUAGGAGGACAGAGUCAGACAGUGGUCUGAAGAAGGGUGGUAAUGCUAACUUGGGCUUCAUGCUUAAAAGAAACAGUGAGGUCAUCCAGAGCAUCAUUCACCUUCAUGAACUUCUUAGCACUUUGCAGGGUGUGGUGUUGCAGCAGGACAGCUAUAUUGAGGACCAGAAGCUGAUGCUCAAUGAACGGGCACUGAGCAGGAGCUCCUCCCGGCCCAGCUCCCUUGUAGAGCAGGAGAAGCAGCGCAGCCUGGAGAAGCAGCGGCAGGACCUGGCCAACCUGCAGAAGCAGCAGGCCCAGCACCUGGAGGAGAAGCGCAAGCGGGAGCGCGAGUGGGAGGCCCGAGAGAAGGAGCUGCAGGAGCGAGAGGCCCGCCUGGCCCAGCGGGAGGAGAAGGUGCAGCGGGAGCAGCAGGACCUGGAAAAGGAACGGGAUGAGCUCCAGCAGAAGAAGGGCGCCUACCAGUAUGACCUGGAGCGGCUGCGUGUGGCCCAGAAACAGCUCGAGAGGGAGCAGGAGCAACUGAAAAGAGACGCGGACCGACUCAGCCAGAGGCACAUAGAGCAAGACGUGUGUCGGGUCUCGUGUCAGCACAACAAGGUGAUGAGGAUCCCGGCCUUCCUUCCCAAUCCUGAGGACUCACCUCUGCCUUCCGCACCUUCAAUAGCCAAGUCAGGGUCGCUGGACUCAGAACUUUCCGUGUCCCCAAAAAGGAACAGCCUCUCUCGGACACACAAAGAUAAGGGACCUUUUCACAUACUGAGUUCAGCCAGCCAGACAAGCAAAGCACCCGAGGGGCAGAGCCAGCCCCUUGUGCCCACUUCCACCCGCCUGUUCGGGUUAUCCAAGCCAAAGGAAAAGAAGGAGAAGAAGAAGAAGAGCAAAGGAAGCCGCUCCCAGCCCGGUGAUGGCCCGGCAUCUGAAGUAGCAGCGGAGGGUGAAGAGAUCUUCUGCUGA